UGUAAAUGAACCAGAUGUUUCUCCAUUUUGCCUUUUUAUCCAAUCCCAGGGGUUUCCCCAAUCUGCUUUCUCCUGCCCCCUUAAUCUAUCACCAAUAGAUUUCAUGUAACCCUCCUCAGGUGUCCUCCUUGUAUUCGAAUGUCUAAACUAAGCUGCAAAACCCCCCAUUCUCCGGAGCAUUUUCUCAAUCCAGUUGAGAUUUUGCUUCUGGACAAUUGUCAGUUUGGCUCAAAUAAACUCAUAAAAAUUCUUUAUAGGUUUGGACACAUUUUACAUCAACAGUGGGUAUUAGGAAAUAAUACCAAAAUAAUUUCACCAAGGCAAUGACGCAACACGUUUUGGUGAGAUUAGGCGGAGGCGGGGUCCAUUUCAGGAAACCCACAGGAAUAGGUCGUCCAGAGUAGCCGCUCUCUGGACCCUCAAAGCCACUCCCUCUAGCAGCUCCUUCCCUCUGCCAGGCCUGGGCCCUGCAAUGCCCUCACCAUUUCCCAGUACACAAAGCUUGCAUUUCAAGGCCGUCUCCACCGCAGAAGUGCAGCUCCGCUCAGCUCCGCUCCGUCCUUCCAGGAGGGGACUCCCAGACACAGGGUUCUGAAUGGUCUAACGUUACCUUCAUUGACGCGCACGCUUGGCCCUGUCCUGUUUUUCCAGGUCCCGGGCUAUUAUUUAGACCGCGGUUGCCCGAAGUGGGGAAAGUGCGGCUUUGGAGCUGGAGCCAGCUGGCCCCCGCGCGCUCGGAGCCCCGCAGGUGAUACCCAGGCGGCGCCUCCCGCGGUCACGUGGCCGGAGGGGCAGCGCGCGACGUGGAGGCUCAGCGCCGGAUAAGCUGGUUUUCCUUAUGGUAACCGCGGCACCUGGCUGAUGAGCAGGGCGUUGAGGCCACCGAGUGAGGCCGGGGCGCAGACCUGGGAAGCGGAGGACGAUGACAUGGCAGAAGGCGACUUAGGGUACGGCCUCGGGAGGAGGCCCGGCGGUAUUUAUGAAGUGCCAGUUUCACACUUGGUCACAUCUAGAAGAAGAUCAGAUGAGACGAACUGUAGCCCUCCCCCGUUUCCCAGGAAGGGGGAAGAAAGAAGUGGUGCUGUUUGUCGGCGUCCCAGGCCUCAAGACACAUACCGUGAAGGGCCCAGGACCCCCCAACACAGACGACACAGUAGCACUGAUUCUAAUUCGGAAUUGCCAAAUGUAGAGUUAAAGCAACGUCUUGAUGAAACAUUAGAGGAGGUAGAAAAUUUAAAAACGGAACUGGAGGCCUCUCAAAGACAACUGGAAGGUAAAGAGGCAGCACUGAAAAUUCUUCAAAGCAUGGCAAUAUUUGGCAAAGCCACAAGUCAUACCCAGGCAAUAUUUCAAAAAACUGUGGACGAAAAGAGAUCCUUGGAGAAGGAAAUAAAUUCCUUGCAGUGGAAAAUAGAAUUUGAUCAGAAUAGAAUAAAAAAUAUAGAGGAAACUUGGACCCAAAAAUAUGACAGGCUAAACUGUGAAAAUGCAGUCCUCAAAGAGACUUUGAAACUAAAAACAGAAGAAAUUAAAAUGCUGAAGUCUGAAAAUGCAAGCUUGAAUCAACAGUAUUUGGAAGCCCUUGCUAUGCUUGAAAUCAAACAGCAGAAGAUGGUUCAGGAAAACAUGUGUGAUGCUAAAAGUGACUUUACAGAGUUUUCAGGCCUUGAGCUUGCGGUCCUUGGAGCCUGCCUUUGUCAUGGUCCUGGAGGGAGCCCCUGUUCCUGUGCCAAAAUGGUGGCAUCUGCUCAGAAAAGGAUUCUUCAGCUCAAACAAGAGCUGGAACUUUUGCAGAAGAAAAAAGAUGAAGCUUACAUAAUGGCAGAUGCAUUCAGAAUUGCAUUUGAGCAACAAUUAAUGAGGAAAAAUGACCAGGCACUAAGAUUGACACAAAUGGAUAAAAUGUGUAAAAAAGAAACAAAAUGGAUAAAUUUGAAGCACCUUAAAGAGGAUGGAUCACUAUCACAAAGGACUAAGAAGACCCUAGGGCAGAAACUGUUGGGUAUGCUCCCUGCAGAAAAUAGUUCUAAGAAGACUGAAGACCAGGAUAACCCUCAGGAAAUCUUUAAGAUGCUAAUAGAUUUGCUGAAUGAUAAAGAAGCAGCUUUGGCUCAUCAGAGAAAAGUUAGCUACAUGCUUGCUCGGGCACUGGAAGACAAAGACAUAGGCUCAAGAGAGAAUAAAGAAAAAAAUCCCAUGAAGGACAAUUUUCCAUUAAAACACCCCAAGCAGAAAACGUCAGAAUUCUCUGUUUUGCAUGAUCCUGUACAUUCAAGUGUUCACAUUUUUAAUUCUGUGGGCUGUGUUUGUUCAAUCCAGCACCUUCAUACAGAUCAAAACUAUAGAAGAACUCUGAAAAGAUCUCAUUCUUUGCCACGAAAUAUCAUCUUUUGAAGAUAAACCAGUUGAAAUUAGAACCGAGAACUGUUUGUCAAGAGACUUUGAAAAAGGAUUGUGUAAACAUUGCCACAUCUUCAGAAAUUAUAUGUUUUCCGGGUAUUUCUAAAUUUUAGGAGGCAACUUAAAUACUCAAAUGUUUUCUAUAAGAAAUUUAUUAGUAUUCUGUGAUGACAUGUUUAUAAAUUACAUUACUAUAUUUUAUAAAAUCUUCAUUAUUUGCCAACUUCUUAAAAACAAAAAUAUUAUUUUGAGAAAAGCAAAACAUUUAACUAUUUAGAAUGACUAUGGGGAUCUUUGACCGGCUCAAGCAAGAAUAUAAUGUAAAUUAAUGCUCUAAGAAAUAACAAUGCCUAGGAGUGAUGGAAUGUUAAUUUUUGAAAUACAUUUAUCAUGUUUUA